CAAAACACAACAAAAAAGAGACAAAAAGAAGACCAAUCAGCUUCCAAGGAAGAUGCGAGGAAGGUAGCUCUACUAUAUAUUCUUCCUCUCAUAUUCAAAGCUUGCAACAAAUUUUAACACACAAGUCUUUCACAUCUGCUUCAAAUCCCCUAAACUCUUUGUUUUCAAUUCCACCAUGUCCACUCCCUCCGACAACGCCGCCGCCCGAAGGCUGGGCCGGGCGCCGGAGAAGUCCAGUUUUGCGCAGACUUGUAAUCUGCUGAGCCACUACUUAAAGGAGAAGAGAGGCCUUGGAAUUUCCCCCAGGAUUGAACCGAAAGAUGAGUUUCCGACGCCUCGGCCGCCGGCAAUAAUGAACUUGCUGACGAACAUGGUAAACCCAGAAGAGAAGGCGGUGGGGCUUUUUCUACCAUCGGCGGAGCCGCCGUCUGCGAUGCAAAUGACCAUUUUUUACGAAGGAAAAGUGCUGGUGUUCAAUGAUCUUCCAUCGGAGAGGGCGGAAGAGAUUAUGGCCAUGGCCGGCAAGGGAAUCGUGUCCUCUUCCAGAUCUGCCUCUGCCGCUGCCGCUGUGUCUAACAAGGUAACGGAGCAAGCCGCUGCCGCUGUGUCCAACAAGGUAACGGAGCCAGCCGCCGCCAAAGAACAAUCUCAGACCAAAGUUUCCUGCGAUUUGCCCAUUGCAAGAAGAGCUUCUCUCCAUCGAUUCUUCGAGAAGAGAAAGGACAGAGUUUCAGCAAGAGCCCCAUACCAACUGGAUUCACAGCAAUAUUCUGCUUCUUCUAAACCAGCCGGCGAAGGCUACAGAGUCAACACCGGCGAGAAGGGAAACCAGCUAUCUUCAAACCACUUUGAUCUAAACAUAUAGGCAAAAUUUUAUAAAAUCACCAUAGUUGUUACUCCGUUAAGCUUCUGCCUAAUCUAACCUUCAAAUUCUGACAUUAUACCUGUUGUCAUAACCCUUCUCCUGCCAUCAGAAUGGAUAUGAACAAGAACAGAGCUCUGUAACUAUUUUUCAGACUAAAGAUGCUGAUUUGUUGACUUCAUGAAAUUUUUAGAUCUAUGUUUUA